AAAGAGCUUCCGGUUUGGCCCAGCGGUCCAUUGCUGUUUAUCAUGGCAGAAUCAGAGUCAAAGAAAGUGAUCAAGUUAGUACCAGAGUAUCUUCUGAAGAAGAGGAAAACCUACCAGGCCAUCAAAGCCACACAAGCCAAGCUCGCGCUUCUUGAGAAGAGAAAGGUAUCGAAAGGCAAACCUUUUAAGUUCAAGCGUCUGGAGGAUUUCUUGAAAGACGGCCACAGGAAGCACAGAGAUGAGACGCGCAUCCGACGGGCCGACCGCAGGCCGCUGCCUCCUCUGCCUCUGGAGAAAAACAAGCUGGCUUUCGUUGUCCGUAUCAGAGAGAUUAAAGGCGUGAGCCCCAAAGUGAUGAAGGUGAUCCAGAUGAUGAGGCUGAGGAAGAUCUUCAGCGGGACCUUCGUUAAAAUCAACAAGACCUCCGUCGCUAUGAUGAAGAUGGUGGAGCCGUACGUGGCCUGGGGAUUUCCCAACCUGAAGUCGGUGCGGGAGCUGAUCCUGAAGAGAGGCCAGACCAGGAUCGGCAGCAGGAGAGUCCCGCUGACGGACAACGCCCUCAUCGAGCAGCACAUGGGUAAAACCGGCAUCAUAUGUCUGGAGGACCUGAUCCAUGAGAUCUACUCGGUUGGUAAGAGCUUCCGAGCAGCCAACAACUUCCUGCUGCCGUUCAAGCUGUCGGUGCCUCGUCACGCCGCCAGGGAUAAAGCUGGGCUGCUGAAGGACCUGGGAAACCCCGGCUUCAGGGCCACAGACAUCAACUCCAUCAUCAGACUGCUCAACUAGGAGGAAACACGCGCCCUAUGGACCCUGAGCUGUAUUUGCUGCAGAGCAAAUGUCAGAGAUGGAGGAAAAUUUGAACCUUGUUGGGUUUGCUGAUGGUCCGUCUGCAUCUCUGCUGAUGACCCAGAGGAGGACAUUCUCUCUAGCCCUGUUGUUUUUGCACCAGAGAAGAAGAACCGAGGCAGAAGGGCUCCGUUCUUUACUCCCAAAGGAACAUUCCUCCGUUUAUCAGAGGAGUCGGUUUAGUUUCUAAAUCUACAAUAAAUCAGUUGGACUGUUCAGCUUUUUGUUUUGUUUUGUCAUUUACAGAGUUUGUUUUGAUUUUACAUUAAAAGUUCCUGUUUUUAUGGCCUGA